UUAUUUUUAUUUUAGUUUUUGUUUCCGCCAUGAUGACAGCACUUUUAGUUUUUUUAUUUCUAGGUUUAAUUAACACUAAUCAGGCGCUUUUACCACUUGUCAUUAACACUUGGCAUUUUGAGAAUGCCACAGUUGCAGCAUGGCGUGCCGUGCAGGAGGGUUCCUCUCCUCUGGAUGCAGUGCAGAGAGGAUGUGCAGAGUGUGAAGAAGAGCGUUGUGAUGGCAGUGUUGGCUUCGGUGGACAUCCAGAUGAGAUGGGAGAGAUCACACUUGAUGCUCUUAUAAUGAAUGGAGAUACAAUGGAGGUGGGUGCAGUAGGAGGUCUCAGGAGAGUGAAGAAUGCAGUGGGAGUGGCUCGAGCCGUAAUGGAACACACCCAACACACCUUUUUAGUGGGCGAAUCAGCAUCAACAUUUGCUGAAGACAUGGGCUUUAAAUCUGAAAGUUUGUCCACGAAUGAGUCGAUAAACACUUUCUCACAGUGGCUAAAUAAGAAGUGCCAGCCCAAUUACAGAAAGAAUGUUUUCCCUGAUCCAUCAUUGUCCUGUGGGCCUUAUCAACCCAAAGCUCAACUGUGGUCAAAGCCACAGCACAGAUUAAUAGACCUUCGGUCCCAUGAUACUAUUGGAAUGGUUGUGAUUGGACAGAAUGGUCAAGUGGCAGCUGCAACCUCAACCAAUGGAGCAAACCAUAAAGUUCCUGGACGUGUUGGAGAUUCGCCAAUAGCAGGAGCAGGUGCUUAUGCAGACAGUUUAGCUGGGGGUGCGGCAGCUACCGGUGAUGGAGACAUCAUGAUGCGCUUCCUGCCCAGUUUUUUAGCAGUAGAGCUGAUGAGGUCUGGGAUGGAUCCCUCCACUGCCUGUAAAACAGCCAUCUCCAGAAUUAAGAAGCAUUACCCAUAUUUCUUUGGGGCAAUUGUCUGUGCCAACACAACAGGAGGGUAUGGUGCAGCUUGUAACAAAGUGUCCGGGUUCAGCACUUUCUCCUUCAUGGUGUCCAAUCCACAGACCAACAAACCUGUUCAGAUGAAAGUUGACUGCUUUUAGUGCCUCAUAUUAUAAACAACUAAAAUGAUUAUCAUGUGCACAUAACGUGAUAUAACUGUAAUGUGAUUUUAAAGCUAUCUUUCUGCUUUUAUAUAGGAAUAAAUGUAUAAAGGUAUGUAUGUAUGUAUGUAUGAAUAA